AUCUCUGCACCAUCAUCCACUACCUCGUCUGUGGGCAGCUUGGCUGGUUUGGACUGACCAUUGCCUGUGUGGUGCCCGGCUACGCCGCUCAGCUCCUCAGCAUCCUCUGGUUCAGGACAGAUGGACAUCCACCCAGGUGUUCUCUCCUGGUGCUCCAUCUCCUGCAGCUGGGCCUCUGGAAGCGGUACUGGGAUGUUUUGCGGAUGAUGGCAGAGCCUGGCUGCAGUGCCCAUGCUGGGGAGGUGCUGAUCCAACUUGGGGAUGUGUGUGUCCUGAGGCUCCUGGAAGCUCUGCUGCAGACCCUGCCUCACCUCCUGCUGCAGGCAUACAUUGUCGUGGCCAUCAACCCAGCAGGCUUCAUCCCUGGUGUCAGUGCAGGGCUGUCCCUGCUCUCCCUCGCCUGGGCUUUGGUCUCCUACAGUCACUUCACCUGCCUGCUGAAGCCUGGUCACCUCAGCCCACCAGCCACGUCCAUCCUCUGUCUGUUGCUCUGGAGGACAGGGAUGCUGGGGACCAGGGUUGUGGCCCUGGUGCUCUUUGCCAGGUUCUAUUCCUUUUGGGUUUUCGCUGUGGCAGGUGUCCACUGGUUGCUCAUGUCCUUCUGGCUAGUGGCUCAGCAGACGGACAUUGUGGUGCAGCCAUGCCGCUGGAGGCUGUUCAACUGCCUGGUGGGAGCUGUGUACAUCUUCUGCUAUAUCAAUGUCCGUCCUGGUCCCUCCAAGACCAGAGUGGCUGUAUUUUAUGCAAUAAUGCUGAUGGAGAACACACUCCUGCUGCUACUUGCCACUCGGUUCCUGCAGGCAGAGCUGAGGAACAGCCUGUGUGUGACUGGGGCUAUCAUGUCAGCAUCUGUAAUAGGUGCCACAGCUCUGGUGGUUUAUUACAGCCUGCUCCAUCCCAAGUCCACAGAGAUCUGGCAGGGAUUCCUGGAGACAACCUGCAGUGCUGCAGCCGAUGAUGAUGAUAUCUCCGGAGAAAGCUCCCAGUCUGACCAGAAUUCAGGAAUUUCAGGAGAUAAAGAGUCCUUGGGAGAGGAAGGGACCAAGACAGAUCCCAAAAAUGGGAACAGCUCAUCACUCCUGCAAUCCAAAGGGUGUUUGGAGGACAGCUGGACAAACCAUCACCACUGGCUGCUGGUAAAGCUGGCCUUGAAGACAGGAGAUCUGUCUGUCAUCAGUGCAGCUUUUGGAGAUGGUGGUGUGGGAGAGGUUUAUCCUGGAGGAUGGAUAAUGGGAAAACCUGCUGAUGUUGAGCCUGGGGCAAACCUUUCCCUCCCCAUGAGGGAAAUCUGUCCUCAGGGGGUUGAAUCUGGUUUGCCACUGAGGAAUGGAGGAGGCAUCAAACCCAGCACCAGCUCUGCGGGAAUGGCACAGGAGGAUGAAGCAGGGCACGAGCCUGUUUUUCCCCCAACUGUAUCCCAUCCCAACAGCUUCUCCCCGGAUUCAGCUGAAGGCUCCUCUGUAUAUUUCAGCGUGAGCACAGGAGGCCUCACCUCACCUGGGACAGGGACAGAAACAGUGACAUGCAUGGCCCUGGUGCAAAGGGAUAGCAAAGCUCUGCCUUCUCCAGGCUGCCUGGGAGAAGGAGGAGGAGGAGAAUCCCUCGGGAUGGCAAGUAUCAGCCCGAUCCUGGGCGCUUGUGCCUACAGGCAUCUGCAGAGAAGCUCUUCCCUCGGCAACACAGGCAGCUGUGGGGUGGCAGGACCCCUCAAAGAGGGCUCAGAGCUCACAGGAACAGACAGUGCCCUCAUGGGGUGGCAUCACAUUUGGGACACCCACCCUUGUGGCAUGCAGGGGCCUGUCAUGAGGAGCAAGCUGAGGUCACCAUGCUUCACCUCCACCCCCAAGGCUGACCCUAGAUGCCCACAGUGA